UGUGUGAAGAGAGAAAGAGGGAGUAAAAGAGAGAGGCAGAGGAGUUUUAGAGGAAGUGAUGGUGUGCUGAUCAAAUGAACCUGUUGAGACCAUUUUAGACACAUAACCUCAGAGGAGUAGAGAGCAGCGACUGGAGGAGCUGAUAAGCACCACAGUGAUCCAGAGAUGUCGGAAUCAAAGCAGUCUUCGGUGAACCCUGAUUACAUGCACCUACUUCCGGCCUCUUUCUCCUCCUGCAGUCUCACCUCUAACCCCUCCAGCCUGGCUUUCACCCCUAACCCCUCCACCGCCACGUACCUGGCCAAUCACCUGCCUCAGAUGGAAGGGAUGCCAUGCGGCCAGUCCGAGGGCAGCUCGGGAUUGGCCAGGACAGGGAAUGACCGAGUGGCUGAGCAUUUGAUGGGACUGUCGUACUUGUCCUACACACCUUGUCUCAACCCUUCGAACACGGUGACAUCAAGCCACCAGAGCAGCCUCAUGCAGCAGGAGUUCUCUCCCUUCCUUCUGCCCUCCCCUCCCGGCCCCGCUCGAGGCUCCACACAGAAGAGAGGUUUCAGCAAGGACAGUGUGGAGUACCGUCUGAGGCGUGAGAGGAACAACAUUGCGGUGAGGAAGAGCCGGGACAAGGCCCGCAGGCGCAUCCAGCUCACGCAGCACCGGGCCCUGCAGCUGGAGGACGAGAACCGCAGGCUGCAGGGGCUGAUCGGUCAGCUCACGCAAGAACUGGAGAACCUCAGGCGCUCCCUGUCACACCUCCCUAGCCGCCCUAUGGGGGACAGGCUGGGCAGGGGGGGCAGCUGAGAGAGGCUGCUGCUGUGGAUGCAGAUGUUUGGUAUUCUUUUGAUGGAAGUUGUGCAAUCGAACACUUUGGCACAAGUGUGUUUCUAGAUGCUGCCUUUUCCCCUGGGCUCUCUUUGAUCCUGGUUCUUAGUCUACCUGGUGUUUCCCAUGAAAUCUUGAUGUAAGAUUUGUUUGUCAAUCAGAUGCGAGAUCCUAUGGUCAAUGGUCAGUAACUUACCAUCAUGUAGUAACUUGUGUAUUGGUAGGCCUAAGAUUGCUCAAAAGUAUGAUUUUCAUGUCAUUUUGAGGUAUUCAGCAUUCUUCUAUAAAAUUAUCAAUUGGAAUUUCAUCAAUAAAGUAUAUUUUGUUUAUCUUAGAAUAUCGCUCUCUCUACAUAAGACAUAAACAUUGUACAACAGUUUGGGGGGUUAAAUUUGCAUUGUUUUCUGGUGAAAACGUAUUAUUUUAUUUUGGGGAAGCAUGGCAUGAGCAGGGCAGACAUGAUUUCAACACAGUAAGAUCCGGAACCAAAAGAUAACAUCAGUUCUCAUAAAUUUCCUGUGUUGGCUUCCAAGGGAUAGUAUACAUAGGAAAACGGUUUUCAGAAACCUCGAAAGGUUUUAUGAAUUUGUGUAGCAUGACCAACCUUACACAAGGCCCCUUGAUGGAGGUAGCUGAGCAACUGCUACUGGGGAUUUCAGAAUUAAUAACUUCCCACUCUCUUCACAGUUAGUUGGUAUUUGUCCUAAUUGUCCUUAAAAAUAAAAAGAUUUUCUGACACCCUAAGGAAAUCUCAGAUCUCACAAUGUGUUGCUCCAAUAUACAACUGUCUGGGUGUAAUUUAAGACUCAAUCCCCAUUAC